AUACAGUGAGACACAUAUAAAGAACACAGGACUUUGAUGUUUCCGUUGAUUGGAACCAUUUCUUUUUUUCAUUGAAUCAUUGCUGUAGUGGGUCUCCAGAAUAAUGAAACCCAUCACUUUCCUUCUCCUGCUCCUCCUAGAGACACGCUCGGCUCACACUUACGAGAACGUGGCCUUGCGUGGAAAGGCCACUCAGUCGGACCGGUACGGGCACGACUUUUCAGCGGCCUACAAUGCGAUCGAUGGAAACCCUGAUUCUCAUUUCCAUUCCGGAUCCUGUACCCACACGGACGAUCGGACCAACCCCUGGUGGAGGGUGGACCUGCUGCGCCCCUACACCGUCACCUCCAUCGUCAUCACAAACAGAGCAGACUGCUGCAGGGAGAGGCUCGACAGGGCGAGGGUUCACGUCGGCAACUCUUUAGAUGACAACGGUGCUGCAAACCCAGUUGUUGGUACAAUUGAUAGAACUGAUCAAGGAGCAACAAUCACUCUGACUUUGACUAAACAUGCGGAUGGACGUUACGUCACUGUGGUUCUACCAGGAUCAGGGAAAAUCCUCACACUCUGUGAAGUGGAGGUCUACGGGUACCUCGCCCCGACUGGAGAGAACCUGGCACUGGGAGGAAAAGCCUCCCAGUCGUCCCUGUUCACGUUCGGCUCCGCCUUCAACGCCAUCGAUGGGAACCCCGGCAGCAAGUGGGAGGACGGCUCCUGCUCUCACACCAAAAACGACGUCAACCCCUGGUGGCGACUGGACCUGCGUAGAACCCACAAGGUGUUCUCUGUGAAGGUAACCAACCGAGAGGAGGAGUCCGAGCGACUCGACGGAGCCGAGAUCCGCAUCGGGGAUUCCCUCGCCAACUUCGGCAACGACAACGCCAGGUGCGCUGUGAUCAGCAGCAUCCCAUCGGGGGGCGUCAGUGAGUUCCAGUGUAAUGGGAUGGACGGUCGCUACGUCAACGUGGUGAUCCCCGGAGAGGAGUUUCUGAGCCUGUGUGAGGUGGAGGUGUACGGCUCCCCUCUGGAUUUGGUUCGGAAGCUUUUUUCUUUUUCACCAAAUCAUCCGACUGUCUUCAGAAUAAUGAAAGCCAUCACUUUCCUUCUCCUGCUCCUCCUGGAGACGCACUCGGCUCACACUUAUGAGAACGUGGCUUUGCGUGGAAAAGCGACUCAGUCGACCCGUUUACCGCACGCCCUUUCAGCGGCCUACAACGCGAUUGACGGAAACCAUAAUUCUAAUUUCGAAUCUGGAUCCUGUAGCCACACUGAGAAACAGACCGACCCCUGGUGGAGGGUUGACCUGCUGCAUCCCUACAUCAUCACCUCCAUCGUCAUCACGAACAGAGCAGACUGCUGCAAGGAGAGGCUUAACGGGGCGAGGGUUCACGUCGGCAACUCUUUAGAUGGCAACGGUGCUGCAAACCCAGUUGUUGCUACAAUUGGUACAACUGGUCAAGGAGAAUUGAUCACUCUGCCUUUGACUGGACAUGUGGAGGGACGUUACGUCACUGUGGUUCUACCAGGACCAGAGAAAUACCUUCACCUCUGUGAAGUGGAGGUCUACGGGUACCGCACCCCGACUGAAAUAAUGAAACUCAUCGCUUUCCUUCUCCUGCUCCUCCUGGAGACGCAGUCGGCUCACACUUACGAGAACGUGGCCUUGCGUGGGAAGGCGACUCAGUCGACCCGUUACGGGGACGAAUACGGCUCGGCUUACAACGCGAUUGAUGGCAAUCGAAACUCUUUUUGGCUCGCUGGCUCCUGCACCCACACCAAAGAAGAGACCAACCCCUGGUGGAGGGUGGACCUGCUGCACCCCUACACCGUCACCUCCAUCGUCAUCUCAAACAGAGCAGACUGCUGCGCGGACAGGCUCAACAGGGCCGAGGUUCACGUCGGCAACUCUUUGGAGAACAAUGGUGUUGCAAACCCAGUUGUUGGUACAAUUGAUAGAACUGAUCAAGGAGCAACGAUCACUCUGACUUUGACUAAACAUGUGGAUGGACGUUACGUCACUGUGGUUCUACCAGGACCAGGGAAAAUCCUCACACUCUGUGAGGUGGAGGUUUACGGGUACCUCGCCCCGACUGGAGAGAACCUGGCACUGGGAGGAAAAGCCUCCCAGUCGUCCCUGUUCACGUUCGGCUCCGCCUUCAACGCCAUCGAUGGGAACCCCGGCAGCAAGUGGGAGGACGGCUCCUGCUCUCACACCAAAAACGACGUCAACCCCUGGUGGCGACUGGACCUGCGUAGAACCCACAAGGUGUUCUCUGUGAAGGUAACCAACCGACAGGAGGAGUCCGAGCGACUCGACGGAGCCGAGAUCCGCAUCGGGGAUUCCCUCGCCAACUUCGGCAACGACAACGCCAGGUGCGCUGUGAUCAGCAGCAUCCCAUCGGGGGGCGUCAGUGAGUUCCAGUGUAAUGGGAUGGACGGUCGCUACGUCAACGUGGUGAUCCCCGGAGAGGAGUUUCUGAGCCUGUGUGAGGUGGAGGUGUACGGCUCCCCUCUGGAUUAGAGACAAAGGCGUCAACCGUACAAACCAAUAAUCAAUAAUCAUUUCUUUAUUAAACCCAGUGAUUGCGUUUUGAAAUGACUUCUGUGGCCCUACUGGUGCGUAUGUUUGAUUUGAAAGGCUGAUGUUGAGUCUUUUUAUUGAAAGCAUCAAUACUGAAAUAAAAUGAACGCUUGUUGUUGUUUCAACUCGCACAACUGUGUGAAUCAUUUACACAAGGAGGGAAUUCAACAUAAAUAUAUACACAGUGCAAACCUCUUCAACAUUUUGUCAUGGGAGGACAGCCUUAUUCCAAAAGGGAUUAAAUUCAAUUUUUCCUCAGAAUUUUACACAUAACAUCCCACAAUGACAAAGUGUAAAACGUUUAGAAUUCAUUUUGGAAUACG